GCCGCCGCCGCCGCCGCCGCUGCCGCCUGGAUAUAGUGCGGCAAGGAGCGGAGCUCGCAGUCACUUUGCAAGGAGGAGCGCGCGGGCUGCGGACGGCUGGGGCACCCCGGGAGCGGCGGCGGCUCUAGCAGAGGCGGCCGUGACAGCGAGAGGCGGCCGUGACAGCGGAAGGUUCUCUCUCCGGGACUGGACGUAAUAACUUUGGAACUGUCCACCAGUGUCACGUCCUGAACAUGAGCCUCCUUCUCUCCUUCUACCUGCUCGGGUUGCUUGUCAGUAGCGGGCAAGCUCUUCUUCAAGUGACAAUUUCACUUAGCAAAGUAGAGCUUAGUGUGGGCGAAUCUAAAUUCUUCACAUGUACAGCAAUUGGUGAACCUGGGAGUAUAGAUUGGUAUAAUCCUCAAGGAGAGAAGAUAAUUUCAACACAGAGGGUAUCAGUGCAAAAGGAAGGUAUUAGAUCACGAUUAACCAUCUACAACGCAAAUAUAGAAGAUGCAGGGAUAUAUCGUUGUCAAGCAACAGAUGCCAAAGGACAGACACAAGAAGCCACAGUUGUUUUGGAAAUUUACCAAAAACUCACUUUCAGAGAAGUGGUGUCUCCUCAAGAGUUCAAACAAGGAGAGAAUGCAGAAGUGGUUUGCCGAGUCAGCAGUUCGCCUGCACCUGUUGUCAGCUGGUUGUAUCAUAAUGAGGAAGUCACCGCUAUUUCCGACAAUCGGUUUGCUAUCUUAGCCAACAGUAAUCUACAGAUUCUCAACAUCAAUAAAAGUGAUGAAGGUAUAUACAGGUGUGAAGGAAGAGUGGAGGCUAGGGGAGAAAUUGACUUCCGUGAUAUCAUCGUUAUUGUUAAUGUGCCGCCAGCAAUCACAAUGCCUCAGAAAUCCUUUAAUGCCACAGCAGAGAGAGGAGAGGAGAUGACAUUUUCCUGCAGAGCCUCUGGCUCUCCUGAGCCCACCAUUUCCUGGUACAGAAAUGGCAAGUUUAUUGAAGAAAAUGAAAAGUACAUACUGAAAGGAAGCAAUAAAGAACUCACUGUCAGGAACAUAAUCAAUAGUGAUGGGGGCCCGUAUGUCUGCAGGGCCACAAACAAGGCAGGAGAAGAUGAAAAACAGGUGCUUCUCCAAGUCUUUGUACAGCCUCACAUAAUACAGCUUAAAAAUGAGACUACAUAUGAGAAUGGUCAAGUCACAUUAAUAUGUGAAGCAGAAGGGGAGCCUAUUCCAGAAAUCACUUGGAAAAGAGCAGUGGAUGGCAUCACUUUUUCCGAAGGUGAUAAGAGCCCAGACGGACGUAUCGAAGUCAGAGGGCAGCACAGAAGCUCAUCACUGCAUAUUAAAGAUGUGAAGUUGUCAGAUUCAGGGAGAUAUGACUGUGAAGCUGCAAGUAGAAUUGGAGGGCACCAAAAAAGCAUGUACCUUGAUAUUGAAUAUGCUCCCAAGUUCAUAUCAAACCAAACAAUCUAUUACUCUUGGGAAGGAAAUCCAAUCAAUAUAAGCUGUGAUGUGAAAUCUAAUCCACCAGCAUCAGUCCAUUGGAGAAGAGAGAAAUUAGUCUUGCCAGCUAAAAACACCACUAAUUUAAAGACAUAUAGUGCAGGGAGAAAAAUAAUAUUAGAGAUUGCACCUACAUCUGACAAUGACUUUGGACGAUAUAAUUGCACAGCCACUAACCGUAUAGGAACAAGAUUUCAAGAAUAUAUUCUUGCUUUGGCUGAUGUACCAUCCAAUCCCUAUGGAGUGAAGAUUAUAGAGCUGUCACAGACCACAGCCAAGGUUUCUUUCAGCAAGCCGGACUCCCAUGGAGGUGUGCCUAUUAAUCACUAUCAAGUGGAUGUUAAAGAAGUGGCAUCAGAAACCUGGAAAAUAGUACGCUCCCAUGGAGUUCAAACAAUUGUUGUUUUGAGCAACCUGGAACCAAAUACAACUUAUGAAAUCAGAGUUGCAGCUGUAAAUGGAAAAGGACAAGGAGACUAUAGUAAAAUAGAAAUUUUCCAAACAUUACCAGUUCGUGAACCAAGUCCUCCAUCGAUACAUGGACAGCCAAGCAGUGGGAAGAGCUUUAAACUCAGUAUCACCAAACAGGAUGAUGGAGGGGCCCCUAUUUUGGAAUACAUCGUGAAAUAUAGAAGUAAAGAUAAAGAAGACCAGUGGCUAGAGAAAAAAGUGCAGGGAAAUAAAGACCACAUUAUUUUAGAGCAUCUACAGUGGACAAUGGGGUAUGAAGUUCAAAUUACAGCUGCCAAUAGAUUGGGAUAUUCAGAACCAACAGUCUAUGAGUUCAGCAUGCCACCAAAACCCAACAUUAUUAAAGACACACUUUUUAAUGGUCUUGGGCUUGGAGCGGUCAUUGGUCUGGGAGUCGCUGCACUCUUGUUAAUUCUUGUGGUAACAGACAUCAGCUGCUUCUUUAUUCGACAAUGUGGGUUAUUGAUGUGCAUCACCAGGAGAAUGUGUGGGAAGAAAAGUGGCUCCAGUGGUAAAAGUAAAGAACUUGAAGAAGGAAAAGCUGCAUACCUGAAAGAUGGAUCAAAAGAACCAAUAGUGGAGAUGAGAACAGAGGAUGAAAGAAUUACUAAUCAUGAAGAUGGGAGCCCAGUAAAUGAGCCAAAUGAAACCACACCACUAACAGAACCUGAAAAAUUGCCUUUAAAAGAAGAAAAUGGGAAAGAAGUCCUAAAUCCAGAAACUAUAGAAAUUAAGGUUUCUAAUGACAUCAUUCAAUCAAAAGAAGACGACAGCAAAGCAUAACACCAAGAUCACAGAGUCUUUAACAAUGAAUGCUACAAAGAGCAUUUAGAUUGCAGUGACCCUAUGACCAAAACUAUUCCAUUGACCUUAAUUUCUUGGGAAACUUCUAGCUUGGAAUAGCUUGUACACAUAUACAUAUGAUCAAAUACUCCUGCCCAUGGUCCAUUUCCUUUUGUUGUUGUGUUGUUGCUGUUGUUGUUUCUUUUGUUAUGAAUUUCAAUAUAGAGACCUGACCGGCACCAACUCUUGGGUAUCAAUUUGACUUUAUGAUUGAAGUACUGCAAUUUAUUAUAUGGAUAAAGUGCUCUAUUUCUUAAGAACUAUAUUUCAUAACACAACCUCUCCACAAGUAGGGGUUUAAGGAAAAACAAACAAAACAAAAUCUUUGUGAGUUAAAUGUAUAAGAAAGCCCUGCAUGUUUUUUAAUCCAAUCUUGGGCAAAUAGAUUAUUAAAGUGGAUUUCAGUUUAAGAUGAAAAUACUUAAUAAAGGUUACACUUUUCAUCCAGAGAAUUUCAGGGAACUUAGGCUUGAAGGAGCCAGUUAUCUUUAGCAGAUGUUAAAUAUGAGAGAAACUUUGGAAAACUCUUUUUAAGUUAUAAUUACAAUGCUACUUCAAAGUUGAAUUUUUAAUAGACUGAAGUGCCAGAUCAAAAUCAUUACCCAUUUAAAUGAAUAUUAGUUGUGUGUAAAAUUAGAUUAGAAAAAGUCCAUAAAUCUCUAUCUCUUAUAUAUGCCAUAUUCACUCACAAUGGAUUACACACAAAGGAAAUGUAUUGCAAGUGAAAAUAAUAUUGAUUUCUGCCCUCAGCUUCAAAUAAAGUAAAUUGAAAUGGGAACAAUAUCAAUGUUGUCUUGAUAUACUUAUAAAUAUGUGAUUACCUUUUACUUUUUAAAAUAAUUUUAUCAAAAAUGAGUCUUUAGUGUUCAAAUACUUCGAAUCAUAUCCUCAGAUACAUUUUUGCCCAUUGUUUUAGAUAAUCUUUGUUUAAAACUUCAUUUUCCCAGUGUUAUAGGUCAAUCCUUAUAUGUAACUGGCUAAUGGGAAUUAAAAUCCUUAGUGGUUAAAUUAUGGGGAAAUUGACAUUUAGACAUUGCCAUAAAAGUGUCAAUGAUGAACAAUUGAAUUGCCACUAUCUGUUUUUAUUCGGAUGUUGUAGCUAGAAGUCAUUUUAAGAUUUUGAUAAACAACUUGGGUUGAAGAAAUUCCUUAACUAUUCAACACAAACUUUCUAAUGUCACUUAUUAGUAAUAUAUACCAGAAUAAAAUAUUUAUUAACUUCCAAGCUAUGCAAGCUCCCAAAGGUAAAAGGCUGAAACAUGAUUUUCACUUACAUGUAAGGUAAAAAAAAAAAUGUAUUUAUGAUUAUAAAUAUACAUACCAAUUGGGAGCAGGUUUUAGAUUAUUUCUUACCCUACAGAGCCAAAGGUUUCUUUAGGCCCCAUCACAUUCAUAACAUCUUGUUUCAGGUGGUAUCAUAGCUCAAACUUGCACUGGUUAUGGAACGCAGACCAGUAGAAUACUGGAGGAAAGUCUUAGUGCAGAGUGACCUGCUUUAGGGUAUCUCUCUAUGGAGAUUAUUUGACAAAUAUUAAAUGUAAUAUUAAUGUCACUCAUGAACACUUUUAUUUACAAAGUGCUUGAAACUGUCAACCAAGGAGAGACAACUAAUUCUCCAAAACUAUGGUUAUCAGAGGACAGAACCUGCCCAUCUGCACGUUCAGACACUAAAUCUCUACAGUGUCCUUGCCAUAAUUUACAGGGUUAUAUGAUGUAGGAAUCUCUCCUUGCUAUAUUUUCAGGAAUAUUCUGAAGAAAAAAAUUCCUGUGCCUACCUAGGAAUUUGAGUAGUAAUUAUCCAACUGGUCUUUUGAUGGAUUUGACUGUUGCUGUUUAAGUUAUGUUUGUCCAGUCAUCUGUUUGCUUUAUUUUACUGUUUUAUCCCUUUUGCAUGAAUGUGCUAAAACUAAUCAAAAUACUUGAAUUGGUUUGUGCAGAGUAACCAAGCUUAGCAAAGUGUCCAUGAAGCAGUAGGCAUGGAUACUAAUUUUUCCUGGAUAGGACUACGAGGUUUUAAAGUAAUUAUGGUGAAAGAAUUAGGAAAACUGAGAAAGCAAUUUAGCAUGUUUACUAUUGUUAUAUCCACGCUAUACUUCAAGAGCAGAGAAAUCAUAAUAAAAAACAAAGAUUGUUUUUCCCUCAGUUUGAAAGUCCUGUUUCUCGCAUUUCUUUGGGCUUUCUAUGUAAAGCAGUUUAAUUA